AUCUUUAAAAUUUCACACAUUUUUAAGACGCUUAUGAAUUCCGGAAUGCUUUUGUUAAUUUCUUUUACUCACUACGAUGACAAUGCAAUUCACAGUAUGAUGAUCUGAGUCUGGAAUGUACAAAUCGAUCAUCUGCGUUUAACGUGAAAGAUGAGUUUGGUACACGAAGCACAAUUAAAUAGGCAAAUACAAAUCUUCUUAUCUAAAUAAAAAAAGAGAUUUAACGCUAGGAUGAAUUUACGUAAAUUUAUGCAUCCGAGAAAUAAGUAUAGGGAUAAACCAGAUUUCAAGAAACUCGCUAUUCUCUAUCCGGAGUUUGGCCGAAACGCGAUCACGGAUCUCACUGGCAAAGUGAAGAUCAAUUUUAAGAAUGAAGAAAGUUUACGAGUACUUACAAGGAUAUUAUUGAAACAUGAUUUUGGUUUGGAAGUUGAGAUUCCUAAAGAGAAACUAGUUCCUGCACUUCCACUGCGUCUCAAUUAUAUUCUCUGGAUAGAAGAUUUACUGCGGCAUUUUGGACUCACUGAUAUUUCUUUAGCACAUGGUCUUGACAUUGGAACAGGGGCAGUUUGCAUAUAUCCUCUGUUGCUUGCAAAAAUAUAUGGUUGCAGAAUGAUUGGAACUGAAAUUCAACAAUCUAGUAUUGAAUCUGCCUUAAAGAAUGUGAAAUGCAAUAAUUUACAGGAUCUCAUACAAGUAAUUCCAGUGAGCAAAGAUACGAUUUUGGAGAAUGCUGUUCCUAAGAAUGAAACAUAUUCAUUCUCAAUGUGCAACCCUCCAUUCUUUGAAACUAACGAAGUUUCAGAGAAUAACGGACAGAGACUACCACCAAGAAAUGCACCAACUGGUUGCAAAGACGAAUUAAUAGUCGAGGGUGGUGAACAAAAAUUUGUAUUGAAAAUUAUUGAAGAUAGUAUGAAAAUGGGUGAUCAGAUCAAAAUUUACACCACAAUGCUAGGACGCAAGGCCAGUUUACUAUUUUUAUUAAAUGAAAUGGCAAAGAAAAAUAUCAGCAACGUCGCAUGGACAGAAUUUUGUCAGGGUAAUACAAAAAGAUGGGGCCUGGCAUGGACAUUUCUCUCGCGCGACAUAUUAGAUCUCACAAAAGCACCUGUGAUAAGAUCAAAGCCUGAUGAUACAAAAACAAAACGUUCAACCGAUCGACUUCCAGUGGAUUUAAUAUUUCCAAUUCAAGAUCCAUUCUUCUCGUGCGAUGAUGUAGUGAAAGUUUUAAAAACCUGGAUCAGCGAUUUAAACCAGAUCAAGAUGGAAAGUCUUCACAUAGAAGAGAAUGAGACUAAGAAUUGGGCAUGUCGCCUAACAUGUUACAAAGACACCUGGUCUCACGCCCGAAAAAAACGUCGUAUGGUCAAAGCGCAAGAAACAAAUGCGAAAAAAAUCUGCACAGCCGAAUCCACUGCGCAAACACAACUCAAAACGAGCGACUCAGGUAAAAUAGUCUCUGAAGCGGAUCUACCAAAUAUAACGUCGGACAAAAAUAAUGAUUCCGUAAACGUUAACGAGGAACCUUCGACACUCGUGGAUUCGUCGAGCAAAACAGAAUCCGCAGAUCCUUUGCUUGUCUGCUCUUUACUUCUGACCGAAAUGAAAAACGAAAACGAGGAGUGUAACACAGAAGAGACUAAAAGACUAUGCAUGAGAAUGAUCUACGAGAAAGGACACGGUGGAAAAAAUUCGUUGGAGAUGUUUCGUCAAUAUUUGAUUAACAAACUAAACGUGAGAGAGUACUUGCAGAAACAGGGCUCGAGCAAAGCGAGUAAACGAAAAAAGAAAAAACUGAAGAAGUGCGAACCAGCAUCGCUUGCAUCCAGUGUACAGAAUGACAGUAGUAAUAAAUAAAUAAAAAGGUAAUUCACAAAGUUCCGGGUGUGCCUGAGGCCAUCCUAUUUGCGAACCAUGAGAAAUCCGUACGCUUGCAUUGCAUAUAAAAUGAUUUAUUCUGCAGAAUCGUUCGCCAAGGUAUCCGAUACUUGAUAACAGGUAAUAUAUAAUAUUUAUAUGUAUACAUAUACAUGCAAAUCAGGUGGUUUACUUUAUUCUUUAAACAAUAUUUUACUUAUUGACUAAUAUCUUUUCCUUCUUUGUCAUUAGUAUCGUACAUUCUUCGUUAACAAGUGUAAUUCGGCAAUUCGAAAUUAAACGUGUAAUGUACGUAUCUAACAAGGAGGAUACCCUCACGAGGCUAACAUCCAUUCGUUUUGGCAUGAGCAUUGCACGCGAGAUAAACCAAUGAAAAAAAAAAACAAUUGAGUCAUACAAAUGUUAAUCGGACCACGAGG